CUUCGCCAUCUAAAUGUCUCAUUCAAUCGUCUAACUGGUUUACCAGCUGUUAAUGCUCACCAUGACCGGAACCGGAUCAAUACCCUCCGUCUCAGCCAUAAUCGAUUAGAUGAAUCGAUCGUGCCGAUACUGAUGAAGAUGAGAAAGCUCAAAAUACUCGACCUCUCCCAUAACAGAUUGAGAUAUUUCGAUGACAGUGCUCUCGGCUCACUUACCAUGUUAGAAGAGUUAAAUCUCAGCUCCAACGAACUCACUACAUUGUCGUCCUCAAUCUUCGAUCUCCCUGCCUUGCAGAUUUUCAAAGCUCACUCGAAUCGGAUCAAAGCUAUCCCUGAUUUGUCCGUCUCGCCUACGCUCCAGACCGUCGACAUAUCAAACAAUGCUCUCGGAGCUCACACAAGCUCUAUAGCCACCGGACCAGCAUUGAAGCAACUGGACCUCACGUGCAAUCCUGCUCUCAAUCUGAAUUCCGGAACGUUAAGGCGAACUCACAAAAAACCAGUGGCAUUGUACGAUAUCGGAGCUCAAUCACAAGAUCGAGUUCAAGUGGGAUUUUCGGAGACGUCGGGAAAUCGCAACAAACUAUGUAUUCGUCGGAUCCAUUGCGGCGAUAUUUUCGGCAUGGUGGAUGGUUCGUCCAACUAUGAACUUCCGAAAACAAUUCAAACUGUUCUGAACCAAUUAUUGCUUAAUUCGGAGCAUCAGAACAAUCUUCCAGCGAUUCUCCUGAAAGCGCAUGAAUCCUUGGAAGAAGCCGGAGAGCGACUAGGGGCCAGUGAAAUUUCCUAUGUGGGAAAUGUUACGGCUGCUGUGAUGACUGGCGGGCAUUUGGAGAAACUUACGGAAACUGGUGAGCUUGAUGAAGACGAGUACGAUCGAAUACGAUCUGCUGGAGGUACGGUCGACGAGUGCAACAUUAUCAAUGGUGUUACACCGAACUGCCAUCAGCUUGGUUUCUACAGUCUUCAUCCUGUCAUCACCCCUAGACCAAUCAAUAAAUCGAUUCCAAUCACUCGUGAUACAGACUGUGUGAUCAUAGCCAGCUGGGCGAUGUGGGAAUAUCUGAGUUCUGGCCAAAUCGCAUCCAUACUCACGAGCUCCAUCAAUCCUCAAGUGGCUGCGAAAGCGAUCCAGGACUCAUUACAAGCCUGUGAUUACAAUGGUAAUUCGUGCAUAAUUGUCAUACGAUUGAUGAAGCCGGAGCUGGCAUUUCGAAGUGAACCAUCUCCACCGAGUUUCACCCCGAUGGUCCCUCCAAUGAGAGUGGAAAAGCCCAAAGAUCAAGAGACGACUUUGCAGAAGAUCGAGCAAAGAUUGGAGAAAAUCAGUGAGGUCAUAGCGAAAAUGGAGGACGAUACAACUACCACAACUCAGGAGAGUGGCUUGUCAGCUGGCCGUAAACUCUACGAGAGAAUUGCUGCUGAAGAAAAAGUCUCCAAUUGGAUGCUGUCGCCAAGUCCAUCGAUCGCUCCACCUCCACCUGAUCCCGGCUCCAGCAAGCAGCAAACGCAAUUGAUGGAAGAGUUGCGAUCAAAAGUGAGCCUUGUGGACGAGUUCACUCCUAGUUCUACUUCGAUGGCCUUUGCUAAGGUCGAAAAUGUUACUGCAGAUCCUGAGACUCGAAACUCGUCGAGCGCUGAGAGCCGGUCCUACGGUUUGCCUCGUGUCAAAACAGUAGUUCUCCCCGAUGGGAAGAUUUUUUCGGUCAGGAGGAAUAGCUCUACUCUGACUAGAAGUGACAAUUCGCAAUCAGCCACGACAUCGGAUGGUGAUAAUUAUCAGGAAACUCCUGGAAGCUCAUUGGUGGCUCCGGCUAUUGCUCUAGAGGACCUGCCAGCAAAAGCGUCGACUCCAGAUGGCUUUGCCACUUCAGGACAAACUCAUACAAAUUCAAAAGUCGCUGAAGGAUUCGGCACUUUUGGCACCGCCCAUUCACCUACAUUCUCUAAAGAUCCAAGUAAAAUUCAUCAGGAAUCAAAAGGAUCCGCGAGCGGGGUCCAGGCUAAAUACUUCACUUCUAGCUCGAGUGUGGUGGAGCCAAUCGUGAGGAAUGGUAUCAGAGAUCUUCAUUCAGCUUCACCUCAUGAAGAACCGGGAAACAACCGACUAGGAAGGUCAGAACUCUAUGAAGACCUCAGGAUACCAUCUCCCACAGCAAAUAACAUCCGUGCAUUCGAAGAAAAGGAGCGAAGCCUGAUGAGUCAUCAAGUGGAUUUAGAUUCUGACCCUCUCUGCUCCUACCAGUCAUACGCGGAUGUGACCCCGAGCAGUGGCGUCUACAGUAUCCGAGAAGCAACUCGGGAACGUCGAUCAGAAUCAGUAUGCCGGUCCUUCGAUUACUACUCUCACACAAAAGUCCGACCGUAUGACGAUGCGGAGUCUUUGCCGUUUCUUGAGUUCACAUCUCCAUCGCGGACCACGACACCUUUCUUGGAGUAUGCCAGUCCGUAUAGGCGAAAAAUGAGUGUAAUCGACGAGUUUCCAGAGACAUUGCAUCGAAGUUCAAGCGAAGAACGGCCCAUGUCGGCGGAACCGCCUCCCCUACCCGAUAUGGAUGCACCACAGAAGGAGUCAGAGACAGUGAUGUACAGAAGGACAAUAACAAAAGCCAGUCUCUGA